AGCCCUCGAUUGGGAUAUUCUCCAUCACAGAGAAAAUUCGGUGAGAAGGAUAAGGACGAUGAAAACCAAAAUAAAUAAAUUAAAAGCGAAAGAAACGACAGUAGGAGGCAUCUGGGCAUAGAAAGGAUGAAGAUGACCGCAACUAUGGUCUGUGAAAAGAAAUUGUUUUUUUCCUGUAACAAUGUGCCUUUGGAAACGGGGAAAGAUUCUCAGAGCAGAAUGCGAGAGCUUCAUUCACUGCAAAGGAAGGCAACUCCAUGGUAAAAAGCCCAUCAAUGAUUAUUGCCAUUUUACCAGGUAUUGGGUUUUAGAUAAUGGGGAAAUCUGCUUAAUCUGAUAUCUUCUUUUCUUGUUGGGUAUGCGACAAAUAUGAUGAUAGAGCCUAUCCAAUAACUCAUCACACAAAUCAUCAAUUAUUUUGCAUUGGAGGAAUCAGGAUUUUAUGUUCUGGACUGGUUUAAUCAGUUUUUUCUGCUCUGAGUUGAUUCAAUCAUGCUAACUGAAAGUCCCAAGUGCACUAAUGAAAAUGUCUGUGAGGACAUUGGAGAGGAACAAUUUCUGCUUAAGACUCCUCACAGCAGAAUGCUUGGAGGUACAGAGUACAGUUGGUGCAAGGCUUUAGGUGGUGGAACAGGAAUCACAGUUCUUGCUCUGCAUUUUGAACAGGGUGUGGACCCAAUUCAGCUCCAAGAGGUGGUUCAUGCUGUGCAGAGGAAGUAUCCUCGAUUGAGGUCUAAGCUUGUGCGGAUUAAUGGAAAUCCUGCAUUUUCUGUGUGUCCACACCCAUAUGUAGAAGUGGAAUUUGUGGAGUCAGCUACAACUAGUGAAAUUCUCUCUCAGAUUUCAAGCCCAAAUGGAAGCAGCCCAGUAAAUGACGACUCUAGUACUGAUGAGAUUAGUAUUGAUAGUGAUGGUUAUGUUUCAGAUACAGAUUGCCAGGAUUGGCAAUAUUUGGUGGAGCAUGAAUUGAAUAUAAAUCCAUGGGUAGAGAGUCCUGAUUUUCAACAACCAAAGGAUAUGCUUAUUGCUAAGCUUUAUCAUCUUCCCCAAGACAAUUCUUCGUUGUUUAUACUCAGGAUCCAUACUUCUAUUUGUGAUAGGGCUUCUGCAGCUACAAUUCUGAAAGAGAUGCUGCAUGCAUUUUAUGAGAAAAAAUUUGGGCACCCACCUCCCCAAAGAGCAUCCCCUUCACAGACAGAAGGUUGUGACUUUAACGAAGAAGAUUUAAAUUUUAUGGCUAUAGAAGAUGCUAUUCCCAAAGGGAAGGCUAACAAGCCCUUCUGGGCUCAUGGGAUUGACUUGUUAGGAUACUCUCUGGGGUCCAGGAGGCAUUCAUAUUUACCAUUUGAGGAUCCUCAAUCUCCUCGCCGUUCUCAGGUUGUUCGUUUGUGCUUGAGCUCAGAGGAGACAACUCGUCUUCAGAAUGCAUGCGAGAUAGAAAAAACUACAAUAUCUGGAGCUUUAACAGCAGCAGGGCUGAAAGCAACUGCUGUUCUUAAGGAUCUUGGCGAUCAGUCAGAAAAUUAUGCAGUCACCACUCUAGUUGAUUGCAGAAGCCUAGUAGACAACAACUUGCCUAUAAAUGUUGUUGGGUUCUACCAUUCAGCUAUUAUAAAUACCCACAGUAUAAAUGAAGCAGCUAACUUUUGGGAGCUGGCUAGAAGAUGCUCAAAUGCACUUGAAACUGCAGUGAAAAAUAGGAAGCAUUUCACAGACAUAGGUGAUGUGAACUUCCUUAUGUGCCAGGCAAUUCAAUAUCCAUCUUUAACACCUUCAUCUUCCCUUCGGACUUCACAUAUUGUUGUGUUUGAAGGGCCUAUGAUAGAUGACAUGGGCGAAUUGGAAAAAGCAAUAGGUCUGAAGGACUACAUGGGGUGCUCUUCCAUUCAUGGAGUUGGACCGUCUAUUGCGGUAUUUGAUACUAUACGAAAUGGAGCUCUGGACUGUGCAUGUGUAUAUCCUGCACCCCUGCAUUCCAAAAAGCAAAUGCAAACUUUAAUUAGCUGUAUGAAGAGUAUUCUGGUUAGUGUUUCCAAGAACUAAGAGAAAAUUUGGUCAGGCCUGACCUUAUCAGAUUGAUUUAUUCCAUGAAUCUAAAAAUGGGACAAGGAUAUUAUCUGGAAAGAAUUCAAUGUAAACUAUUUUUUGGCCAUUGCCUUUAAUCUGUAAUUUGUCACGUUUUCUGGUUC